AUGAAUGGUACUGACAUAGACGAUAUCAAGUCGUCUAUAGGUGGUGAUACCAAAGUGACCAUUAUACGACCCGUAACGAAACAUUUUUAUGUGAAGAUCAAAUAUAAUAGAAAUAAUCGUAAAUCAAGAAACAUAUUGAAGAUUCCCAUUCGAAGGAGAAGCGAGAGCAAAGAAUACCCUAUAAAAGAAAAAAAUGUCCAUAAAGCAACAAAAUAUAGUGCAGAUGAUUUUUCGAGAGAAUUGCCGUACAAGGGGAUUUUGAAGUUCCCAGAUUGCAUUAUCAAUGACACUGAUCCAACUCGAAAAGAUAGAGAAUUGUUUCAAAGAUUGUAUCAUGAAGGAGAAGAAAUAAGAAAAUCCAGUCAGGUCGAUGAAUUACCAACCGUGGAAGAAACUCUUAUACCUGGUAGCACCGAAUCUACUCCAGCCCCAGCAGUCAACAAUUAUUUGAAAUCUCAGAUUAAGAAAAUACAGUUUCGAGAAUAUGAAAUUGAUACCUGGUAUACAUCUCCAUAUCCAGAAGAAUAUUCACAAUCAAAGAUAUUAUACAUAUGUGAACACUGCUUAAAGUAUAUGAGUUCGCCAAUUUCAUAUGAACGUCAUCAACUUAAGAAUUGUAAUUUAUCAAAUAAUCAUCCUCCUGGAAUAGAAAUUUACAGAGACUUAAACACAAAUAUAGCUGUGUGGGAAGUUGACGGUAGAAAAAAUAUCAACUACUGCCAAAAUCUAUGUCUCUUAGCGAAAUUGUUUCUCAAUUCAAAGACUUUGUAUUAUGACGUUGAGCCAUUCAUAUUUUAUGUUUUAACAGAAAUUGAUAAAGAUAACCCUACGAAAUAUCAUUUUGUGGGUUAUUUUUCUAAGGAAAAGCUCAGCAAUUCUGAUUAUAACGUAUCUUGUAUUUUAACAUUGCCAAUAUAUCAAAGAAAAGGGUAUGGAAACUUAUUGAUUGACUUUAGUUAUCUAUUAAGUCGAAAUGAGUUUAAAUUUGGGACACCAGAGAAACCUUUAAGUGAUUUAGGUCUAGUAAGUUACAGAAAUUACUGGAAGAUAACAAUCGCCUUGAAAUUAAAAGAAUUAUAUCUCAAGUACUUAAAUAAUGCGGAUAAUGAUAAAAAUAAUAACACUCUAUCGGUUUCAAUAGAGAACUUAUCUAAGCUCACGGGUAUGAUUCCAUCCGACGUAGUAGUUGGGUUAGAGCAAUUGGAUUCAUUGAUAAAAAAUCCUAUUACUAGGACAUAUGGAAUUGUUGUCAACUUACAAAAGAUAAAUUACAUAAUUGAAAAAUGGCAAAAUAAAAAAUAUAUUUGUUUAGACUAUAGCAAAUUGCUCUGGAAGCCUAUGUUGUUCGGUCCAUCAGGAGGCAUUAAUUCUGCGCCAGCCAUACCGUCUAAUCCUGUGCCGAAUUUGAAUAAUAAUACAAACUAUCCAUCCCAGCCAGUUGUCAAUAAUAGCAUUUCUAAUAUUGUCAAUUUUUUGAAGGACGAUAUAAAUAACCCAUAUACUUUUGAAGAAGAGGCAACUAAAGAAAUUGAGUGCUACUUAGACUUGGGUCAAGAAAAUGAAGAUUCAAAUAUAGAAGAUAAUGAUAUUGAUAAUUAUAUCAUUUGUUAUCCGGGUAUUGAUGUAAGUCUUAGGAAAAAUUUGGCUCCAUUAAAACAACCACCAAAAGUAAAUUCAUUGAUUGAAAGUAGUAAGGAGCCGUCUAUGUCGCCUGACACCAGAGAUGUUAAAGGCGUCGAUGAAAUUAUGGACGAGGAUAUUUUUGCAGAAGAUGAAGAUGAUGACAUCGCUAGCGAUGAGUCUGAGGACUACGUUGAAGACUCAGAUAUUGGUGAUGAAGAUGGGGAGGAAGAAGAAGAUAUUGACGAGGUAGAACAACAAGAAGGUGACGAAGAAGUUGAUUAUAGUAGCGAACAAGCAGACGAGGUAGAGGAGACGCAUAUUUUUGAUUAUCUGUUAGAUCCAGAUAUUAAAAAUGAUUCUUCUAUUGAUAAGACUCUAAAAACCCCAACAAAACUGCCACAACCGGGUAAACUUGAAUUUAAUAAUUCUGAUGGACUCGAAACCAGAAAGACUCGAAGCCGUUCUAACAGGCAAAUAGCGGAGCCUGUAACUUCAACAAGGAAUAUGAGAAGUAGAAGGAAUCCAGGUAGCCCUGAAGUUCCUACCAGGGCAAUCAGAUUGAGAAUGCAACAGCAGGUACAUAUAUUGGAGCAAAGUCCCAGACUUCGGAGAAGACGCUGA